GAAAGCCCACCAGCGCUGGUGAUGAGAAGCGACUCCUAAUCAGCCAUGGAAGGGUUACAGAUACGGGCCUCCAGAGGGAGGAGUCUCCUUAGGCUCUCCAUGAUGGAAGUGAAGUGGAUCCAUGUGGCACUAAUCUUCUUUUUCCUGCUGUCUGUGGCCAUGAUGGGCUGCUUCCUGUGGCAGUACGGCCUCCCUAAGGAGGAGCCCGGCCCAUCUGCAAUGGAGGAGAGAUCAGAAGCAAUUCAGAUGUGUCCCCACUAUCCAGAACCUGUACCACUGGACCACCCAAUCCCAGUCCUGAAGGAUGCACUGGAGAAGGUGGACAUGCUUCUGCGCCAUAAAAUCCAUAGCCCAGGCCUCCCUGCCAUGUCUGCCAUUGUUAUCUACAAUGACACUGUGCUCUGGACAGGCAACUUUGGGAAGAAGAAUGGCUCUGACCCCUUCUCAGCAAUGCCCAAUGAGUACACCAUUUACAGGAUUGCCAGCAUCUCCAAGAUCUUCCCCACUAUCAUGCUCUACAAACUGUGGGAGGAAGGGAAGGUGACAUCGCUGGAUGAUCCUUUGGAACGCUAUGCCCAGAGCUUCAUUAUUAAAAAUCCCCUGGGGCGACUGAAGGAAUCUGAACAAAGAUACACAGCAGAUGGGCUGAUCUUCCUGGAGAAGGGGUCGCUGCCACUCAAGCCAUCACCUGUUACACUGCGCAGGAUGGCUAGCCAGCUCUCAGGGCUGCCCAGGGGGCUGCGGUCCACCAGUCUGCUGUGGAGAGGAAGCACACAAGAUGCCCUCGCUCUCCUGAAGGAUGACGUUCUGGUAGUUGACCCAGGAACCAGGUGCCAUUACAGUAAUUUGGCCUUCUCUCUGAUGGCCCACGUGUUGGCAGAUCAUGCCGCUGAAGGGGAGUACCAGCGGUGGGUCUCAGAGAAUAUCCUGGACCGCUUGGGCAUGGAGGACACUGGCUUUGAUAUCACACCACCAAUCCGUUCCCAAAUGGCCGUCGGGUUCUAUAGCAGUGGGCAGCCUGCUCCCCUUUAUGACUUGGGCUGGUACAGGCCAUCUGGCCAGAUGUACUCCACAGCCGCUGACCUUGCCAAGCUGGCAAUGGUCUUCCUAGGCACCUACCACCGGCGCCUGUUGGAGCCUGACACAGUGAAGACAAUGCUGACACCUCUUUUUAAGUGCUCCAGUGAAUACUUUGCCAAUAAGACUGGCACACCCUGGGAGGUCAAUGAGCAGCUGGGCUAUGAUAUUAUCAGGAAGGAUGGUGACCUCGAUGGCUACUCAGCCACCUUCUCCCUUGUCCCCAAGCUCCGCUUAAGCUUCAUAGUGCUAAUGGCAGGGCCUAGGCCCCAAGGGAGAGAUAUUGUGACUCAGACAUAUGAGUACCUUAUCCCUGCCAUGGAGACAGCGUUCCGGGAGGCAGAGAAGAGCCUGAGCCCUCCCCCAAAUCCCACCCCUUUUGUUGGCUAUUACACUUAUUCCAACCUGACCUUCUAUGAGAUUAAAGCUGGGCCCACUGGGAUUCUGGUCAUGCAACAGUUUGGACCCCAUAUUGAAGAGCUGAUCCCUGAAAACUACCGGACAAUCAAGCUCCACCACCUGGAAGACCGAGUCUUCCAGGUGGUUUUUGACAAGGAGUUCCCAUGCAUUCUGCGGCUAGGCUCUGCCUCAGUCUCACUGGAGACCCAGGAUGGGCAGCUCUUUAAUUUCUAUCCUUUUGACCACAAGGGUUUAUCUCCCGGCUUUGAUGCCCCAGGACUAAACACGUACAAUGUAGUGCGCAUACAUCGCAAGCCCAUAUUCUAUAGCUAACUGCCCUUGCACCUGCGUG